AUGCACUUCCUAAAACUCCUUCUCAGCACCCUUUUCGCCGCCGGCAUGGCCGUGGCUUCUCCUGCCCCUAUGCCCUUGGCCGAAUCCUUCGAGCCACCCUGGCCGGCCACAGGCCCGCUUUCGGGAUCGCUACCCAAGAACAUGGCGAAAAUCUGGGUCUUUGACGAUAUGAGGUGCGAUGAUAGCGGUGGGCGCACCUACAUGGUGAAUGUCAUGCCGGGUCAGGAUCGGUGCUUGGCGUUUACGAAUGUGGGGUCGAUUUUCUCGUGGUUCAAGUCGGAUAUUGGCAAAUGCGAAGUCAGCGUGCACAGCGGAAGCGACUGCAAGGGUUGGAAGUGGACGACGCGCAACAAGGCGUGUAACUCUGGGCAUUUCGCUUCGGUUCGAGUCAAGUGUCCCAAGGCGUAAAAGUGUAUGGGCGAUCCUCCAGCCUGCGAACGUGCGUAGGGGGGAGGACAUCAGAUUGGGAAAAUUGAUCAAGGAGGAUCUGGCUUUUACUUUUACUUUUACAUGACUUGAUAUCACAGUCUGUAUCACACUUAUU